AUGAGAUUUCGUCAGAAAGAAAUUGGUGUAGUUUCGGAUAUAAAAAAGGCCUUUUUACAGAUAUCUGUGGGCCAAAGAAGACCAGAUUUCUUAGAUUCAUAUGGAGGGAAGAUUAUAAGAAAAAAACAAAAAAUUUAUCGUCACCGACGAGUAGUGAUUGGACUUACGAGCAGCCCUUUCUUACUAGCUGCCGUUCUAGAUUACCAUUUGGAACAAAAUGAAAGCCAUUUUCCUGAAACCGUAGAAAAUCUGAGGAAUGCAUUCUAUGUGGAUAACUGCAUAACUUCGGUAACUAGUCAAGAUGAAAUUAAAAAAUUCAUUUUUGAAACAAAACAGAUUCUAGCUGCGGGUUGUUUCGAUUAA